AUGAUUUCCGAAGGUAUUAUUGAGCAGUUCUGCGGAGAUGCGAUUGUGAUAAUUGAAACUGAUGGUAUGGCGGGGUUGCGAAGCUUUCUCGGUGGCGCUGCCGAAGUUGCAGCAGUGAGUGCUUCAGACUCUAUGCCGAUCAUUUUGCCAGCAGGCCAGCUGCCUGCAAGCCUUUGCGCGUGCAUCAGGCUCACAAGUGCCCAGCUGAACCAGCCUACAUCAACAGCUGUGGCCCAAGAAGAGUUGCAAGACAAGAUGAGGCAGGCAGUUAUGGACCUGAGGGCGCAAGGAGCUGUCAGCAUUGCUGUGCGAAAAAUUGCAGAGACUGUGGAUCUGACAAGUUUGACCCCUGAGCUUAUCGUCUCGACAACCAUGAAAUCAAUUCUUGACGGAAAUGGCAAAGUCAAGAAGCCCGAGCUGCAGAGCCAAGGCCUUGAGAUACACUUCUUGGUUGCAGCCGCAGAUGUGCCACGCUGUCGCGGUGCUUUGGAGGCUACAGUUGCGAAAUGGAGCGAUACCAGCUUUUUCCAGACAAUGCGACCAAAGCAUCGCCCAGCAUGGUUUACUGAUGCCGUACUGCACAAGCUUCGUGGCAAGGAGAAGGCAGCCCGAGGGGCCUGGAAGAAGCAACUGCAGGAAGACCCGGCAAUGCGAGGUGUGCUGCUGUGGCAAUUGUCAACGCUGGCCCAGACAGUGCAGGAGAUUCUGACCGAGCUCGAUUUUGUUCAAGACGGUCCCUUUGCUGCCAACCCCGGCUCGCCUUUGAGAUGGCUUGACGUGAAUAUGUACCAUGUUUGUCAGCACUUCAUUUUGCCAAUGACCAAAGAACAGGAGUGCUCCUACGUAGAGCUGGUAGCCUCCGAUCUUCAACCCCCAGAAUGGAUGGUGUCUCAUGCUUGGAGCACUCAGUUUGCUGCGACGGCUAGCAUGCUCGCUAAGCACUCAAGCUCCCGCAACCAGGAAGAGGACUCCGCUCACUCCUGGAAGCAGACAUCGUACUGGUGCUGCACCCUGGCCAACAAUCAACACGAUUUGUCUCCUUUGCGGGAGGCAGACUUAUUGAAGACUCCGUUUGCGCGGGUUCUAUUGAGCAAUGCAUGUGCUGGGACAGUCCUCCUUUGCGACACAGCCGUCACGCCUUUGCGACGCGCCCUUUCCUCAGCUGCAAGAAAGGCAUGA